GUAGUCCUAGUCUCAUUGAAGACGAUGCUGAAGCAGCAGUUCUUAGUGGAAUUGAAGCUGGUCUUAGCGAUGAGGCUGGUCCUACGCCGACUCCAGUCCCGUUUUUCACGUAUCCCAGAGAGCGCAGUGCUCCGAGGGGAGUUGACCGUGCAGGCGCAGCGCCUAUUCGAGGACGUUAAGGAUAGUCAUUUACACAGUGUCAAAUUAUAGAUAAGCUGAAGAAAGAAGUGUCAAUUUUAAAUUAUACAAAUAUUGAAGAACAAAUGCAAGGAGGGGUAGAGAUACACGACAAUUCGAGGAGAUUACUACCGAUUUAAUUCACUCCAUACAUAUUUCCAUCACAGAGAAGACUCAGGGAAGUCGUCGGUCCAACCCGAAUCGGCUAGCAUCAUCAUCAGCCGUGCGAGAUACAUAGAUGUGCAAUGUAGAUAUGCGAGAUCUCGAUAUGCUAGGAAUCAGAAGCUAUCCCUUCUGCUAACCUUACUGGUGGACGAAUGGGGAAGAUCGGCCGGAAAGCGAAGGAGGCUUGCCCCUUCAGAUGCCAGGUCCUAAUGGCACUUUUGUAUUUGGAGCGCCAGGAGGAAGAGGGGUUGCACAGCCAGCAGCUUCCAGUGAAGGAACAGCUUUGCAACCGGCUGCUACACCCUCUCCAACAAGCUUGCGACCAGUGCCGACGCUUCAUGAACCGAUUAUUUCGACAGGAGGACCUGAAGAUGUGGAAAUGGAAGAUACCCAAGAGCCAGAUACCCAAGAGCCACAGCUUGCAGAAUCUACUAGCCGCGUUUUUGCGCAACCUCCUCCACUGGCGCGUGCCUCUCAGGAAGAACGUCUUGACGCCUCUGUUGCGCGUGGUCACGAGGCAUCAUCAUCAAAUGCGCAUGCUGGCGCCACCCUGAGGAACGCAGUUCCUUCUGCGGUAGAAGACCCAGAGCUUGGAUUACUACCUUCAGGACAAGGCCAUCCUCCGUCAUCGGAGCAUCCACCUCUGUCAUCAGGACAUCCUGUGUCAUUUGCGCCAGAAGGUGCUGCUGUUCCUUCGUCAGUCACUCCGUCAGCGGUCGCGGCCGCACAACCGGUUGCCGUCUCGCCAGCGGCUGCAGCCUCACCAGCGGUUGCAGCCGCACCAGCGGUUGCAGCCGCACAACCGGAUGCCGCCUCACCAGCUGUCGUGCCUGCGACUUCUCAUCUCUCGGGGACUGAAGGAGAAGAUUUAGAGGUACAGAGGAUGAGUGGAGAAGAUUUAGAGGCACAACCGGAUGAGCCGUCCUCUGCUGAGAAAAGUGGGCCUUUGCUUUUUCCAUGGCCUUUGCUUUCUCCAAAACUCCCAGGGGAGCUCAAAGACUACACGAAGCGCUUCUGUGAGACUCUGUUCAUGGGCAAGGGCAUCGACGUGCUAUUGCCCCAACGAGAGCAAGGACUGGUAUUUUCUUCGAAAAUGACGCUAGAAGAAAAGCAGAAUCGAUGCAUGGACAAAAUGAAGCUCGCUAUCGCGAAUGAUCAACGCAGCGGCUACCCCGUGUUUUUUCACGUUUUUGAAAAGCACGGUGCGCAACUCGAUCUUCAGAGUGUGGUCACACUGGUAGGAAAUUCGGAAUACGAAGCACUGAAAAAGAACCAGCCAUUGCUGGAAGCCUACUUGGGUGAGGCCGCGAGAGGCCUGAUUGACGUGCUGAAGCUGCUCCAAGCCAAGCGAGUAGCCGCAACUGACUCAGUGGGAGCAAUCUUCCACAGCGCUUCAUCUACUGUUGCGCGCCCGCUUUUGUCCAUAGAGGACAAUGGAGCUUCACGGACAUCAGGAGGAGCUUCACGAACAUCAGAUCAGGCAUCGUCCAUUAAGAAUUUGAAAGGAAAUUAUAGUUGGGGGAAAUUGGUCAGGCAUCGUCCAUUAAGAAUUUGAAAGGAAAUUAUAGAUGGAGGAAGUUGAUCAUCCCUGGUGAAUAGUAGAAUAUCCCUGGUGAAUAAGCACCCUGACAAGUUAUUUGUCGUUUUUCGGUAGCAUGUUCGACGGCAGUUCGGAUUUGCGUUUCUUUAUUAGGAAACCCACAACGACGAGUGUUUCUCUCAACCUAAAAAUGAAUUUCUCAGGAGGAUGAAAUUCUUCUCUAACUCCCGUGGCAGCACUAGCAGUAGUAGUUCUGCUGGGACGAGCAGCAACAGGAACGGUCCGGGCUCUUCGAGUAGCACUAGUACUGCACUGGCUCUCCCAACUUGUGUAACCUUAAGGCUAAGUAAUAACCUGAAGCAUCCUGCUCCGUAAUAUUCUUGGCCCUUUUAUUUCUUCGUGAAAAAGGAUCCCCCGCCAAGGAUACGCCUAGCAGAGAAGAUGCUAUAGCGCGGUAGUGCUUCUAAUAACCGAGGAGCAGGCAAUGGAAGGAAAGCGGCAAGUGGUCCGAAAGCUCUUCGAAUUAGCCGUUGUGGAUUACGUGCUCUACAUUGCCGAGAAGGAUGUCUUCGAGUCCGUACAGCCUGGAAAUGCACGCUUCGGUCCCCUCGGAUCCUCGCUUAUCACGGAUACCUACUUUUUCCUUGUGCGGGAGUCGGUCUCCUUCACCCUCUUCUUGUGGAGCACCAUGGCCUCCAGCAAGCUAACCGUCCAUGCGCUCCGACACAUGAAUGGCACAGGUGGGAGCGCGGUUAUGAUGACCGGCGCCCAGGCAGUUUCCAUUUGCGCUGCACCUAUUUUGUUAAGGCUACCUAGAAAAUGAAAACUUCUUCGCCGUUGCUUCGUACCAGGGUCAAUAAACUUCGUCUCUCGGACAGUCACAUAAGAUUACUAGAGACACAACGAGGUAGCUCGAGUAAAUACAAAUGUAUUCAUCCGGCAUACAAAUGUAGGUGUGAAGUAUGUCCUCCUAAUCUCUGCAUCUGGCGCCACUGCCUGUUUGGAAAAGAUGGGAAAGUUGCUGCCUAAGUGCGUUGCGGAUUCGUAUCCAUCCCAGGGCCUAGCGUUCCUCAGGGAUCUGGCAUUUUUCAGCACUUUGGCUUUCUACGGGUACUCUUUCAGCGACGCAAUGAACGGUUCUGCGGGUCUGGGGCUCAGCCUCUCGACCGCGGGGUACGCGUUGCGGACCCUACCAAGGGCCCUACGUCUCGCCCGCAGCGUCCUGGCGCCUCGCUGCGCCCGGCUGCACUGUCUUCAGCAAUGGCGAAACUACGUACGAAAGGGACAAAACAUGAAUCGUCUUGCUGGUACUUCUAGUUCAAGUAGUGGUGCGGAAAGCAGCAGCUCAAGCAGCCCUAGAAGCCGUCGCGCUAGCGACGUCGAAGAAGAAUUAUUAGUAUCUGCCGAAGGUCCAGUAAAUGACUUAGCAUGCCGCAUAGCUAACGGGGAAACGAAUGAGACAGCUGGUUUGCGAAAACUCGUAUCAGAAAAGUUCGUAGACGCAUGCAAGCAGUGCGCCAUUCCCUACGCAGACGUACUAGAGCGUGACCUCAAUCUGCACGGUCACGGCGGAUCAGUUUCUUCGGCAGCGUCCUCUUCUUCAACACCUCCGACGUCAACAGGAGCCUACAAGAACCCUGGAGGACGUACUAGUCGGACGAGUAGACAGCGAGUUGCACCAUAUCCAAACCAGAAGGUGUUGAGCAUUGACGAGAUCGUUGGCGCAGGAGGACGGUUCUCCAAUCUAGCCAUGAGUGCGGCGUCUUAUGCCGACGUAUUUCUGUCAGGACGGGGCCUGCUGUGGGCCGAUAACAUCUGCAAGUGGGCCAUCAUCUUUGCGCCAGUACUACGCAUCGCGCACGAGAAGUUCGGUUAAGGCUAGACACUUACUAUCUGUCUCUGGUGUAUUAGGAUAAUCCUCAAUCUGAAUGGAUUUUUGCUCCCCUCCACUUAUAAGGGAAAUCAAAGGGAAAAAAGAGGAGAACUCACAGUGACUCUCACUUCCCUGUUGUAGUGUCAUUUUUCUUUUUGUUUCCUUCUCAUUAAGAAUGUCGUAAGAAAUGGGCUAAAUAAGAAGUGAAUUGCUUGGGGCGCUAAUUUGGUCUCGCUGGCUUCUGGGAGCUCGCCGGCACUGGGCUAGUGUCGUUUCAGAGCUGGGCAGACUGGGCUCAGAACAUGAAAGACGCCGACGCUGACACCAUCGCGGGAGAGCUUAGACGGAUCAGAGAUCAGGUUCUCUCUGAAAGUAGCACAUUGUUCAAGAGCGCAGGAUCUACAGGAAUUGGAGCAGGAAUCCCUUGUAUUAAGGCUCAGCUUUCAAUGGAGGUCAUAGUUUAGAUUGGAGUCACUGAGAUCCCUCUUGAGGAAAGAUGGGGGGAAAAUGAAGGAAAAGCAAAGGGAGAGGCAUGGGGCCCAUUUCUUUCAGAGUCAGUGACCAUUGAAUGCUGAGCUUUAAUUGUACUUUUUCACCUGACAUCAACAUUCCCUCACUUGGAAGCGUGCGUCCCCGCUUGCAGGAGUUAGCGGAAACAGAGCAUGGACAAGCUGCUUUGUAUGUCGUCGCGCAGUUGUUGUUGCCUCUUCUCCAUGGUAAGGCAGCGAACGUGGCAGGGGGGGCCUUGGGUAGCUUGAAUGGAAGCCAGCCGGUUGCUGCGUUUGCUUUGGUGAUAGCGGUUUGGCAGAUCAGUGAGUUUCUCGCCGCUGACCUUCUAGACGGCCCAAAUGCGCAGGCAAAUGCGGGCCCUAAUGCAUGGGACGCGGGAGGUCUGGGAGUAGAUCGUGCAGCGUGCGAAUUGACUGGAGAUUUUUUGUCUCAGUUCCAGCACAAAGGAGAAGAACCUAAGUGCACCAUCGACGCCUUCGCUCACGCCGGUGUGUGCAAAGCCACAGCAAGUUAGGAAGAGAAUAUCAUUGUAAGUAAGUACUUGGGCUUAAUUGAAUAUACAUAUCAACGGGGAAUAAAUGCUAUCCACUCUACUUUCAAGACCGCCUGGGAGGUUGCUGAGUAAGUACUCAGAUGAUCUAAGGAAAACUCACGGAAUUAGAGCUUUUGUUGUCUUCUACUUGACAGUACGAUUAAUCAUGAUGUUUAAUAUCUUUAGUACAGUUUCUGAGUUUAAUAAAUGAGAAAAGAGACAACAGUUUAAUACGGGUGCCUGCGGGGCUCGUUGUGAAGGAUCCAUAACCUAACCUAACCUAAGUAAUAAAAAAUGAGAAACUACUUCCAUCUUCCUUUCAAUAAAUGAGAAACUACUACUUCCAAUUAUUAGUACUACUUCCAUCUUCCUUUCAUUCUACCAUGCGAUUUGACAUAUUCGGAACCACAGGACAGGCUUCGGACGGAUGUCAGCAACCCUCUCAGGAAGACUCCUUUUUCGUGGACACUCAGGAUGUGAAUGCGACUAGAGCAGCAGAUCUAUGGUGUACUGCUGAACGUGAGGUGGUCGAUAAAACCUUUGACAAGAUAUUCAACGAGUGCGUACUUCCACAGCAUGAAGAAGGCGGGAAAGCAGGUAAUGAUCCUGCUCAAGGAAGUGGCGUCGCAGCAGCAUUCCGUGGUGGAUCAGGAGAGAUAGCGACUCGCAACAACGAAGCCAGCAGCAGCAGUAGUAAUGUUCCAGCACCAGUUGCGUUGCAGCGGUUAGCCAGUAGUUUGACCGGCAUUCCACGGGAAAAACAAAUGGAAAUGCGAACCUGCAUGGAGAGAAUACUCGUUGGGGACACCGCCAAAGAAAGCGAGCAGGCCACGAAAUUUCAUCAGGCUAUGAAGACUGAAGCAGCAGCACGAGCACAAAUGCUCCGCACAGCCGGGUGCGACCCAACUAUGCAGGACAGUGCGGCCUUUAAGAAAAUCAAGCUCGGAACAACCCUCACAUCCGGUGCUGAAGCUGCAACAGCAUCCGUCUUACGGCAAUAUAAGAAGUAUUUUAAUACGGCACUAGAAUUACUUAUUCAAAAGGCAUUAAGAAGUAUUUAUUCAUCGCAAACUAUAAAAUAUGAAGAUUCAUCGUGGUCGUUGUAUCUUCUGCGGAUGGAGGUGCUAGAAUUAUUCAAAAGGCAUUAAGAAGUAUUCUAUAUUCAAAUGGGUAUCUAUAAGUAUGCUGAAGCUGCAACAGCAUCCGUCUUACGGCACUAGAAUUAUUCAAAAGGCAUUGAGAAGUAUUCUAUAUUCAAAUGGGUAUCUAUAUCUAAGUAUAAAGUAUUUAUUUACAAUGGGUAUCUAUAUCUAUAAGUAGUAGCUGGGUAUAAUCCUUAGAAGUAUUUAUCUAUAGUGGGUAUCUAUAUCUAAGUAUAAAGUAUUUAUUUAUAUUGGGUAUCUAUAUCUAUGAGUAGUAGCUGCUGGGUAUGAUCCUUAGAAGUAUUUAUUUAUAAUGGGUAUCUAUAUCUAUAAGUACAGUUGUAGCUCUUGGGGGUCUAUUAUCAGUAUUUUAUAAUGCGGGUAUGAUCUUCUAUAAGUACAGUAGCUCUUGGUCUUGAGUGGGUAUCUAUAAGUACAGUAGCUCUCUUCGACUCUCUUGGGUUGAAGAGUGAGUCGAAAUAACGAACACAACUACUCGUUUUCUAAUCUUCGUUCCCACAGUAGCGUCGAGGAAGGUUGAGAAGCUUCAGCGAGAGGCACAAAUAAAACAGGUUGGGGGAAGAUCUGAGCAUUCGGAGAAGCUGCUCGCACAAAGUUCUGCAUCGUCCCGAGAUCAACAAAGGCAAUUGGCGCAAGAACGAAUCGCAAAUAAGGGGAAAGAGACCCAAACGGAAACGGGCAAUGAGGUUAUCAUGGCGCGGGGUGAGAAGCGUGGGAGAGCAGCAGAAGGAAAGGUGCUGGUGCGCACAUCCCCAGAAUUUGCGUUUGCCAAUACGAAAUAUGUCGGAGCAGAGAAAAAUGCCAGAAGGGCCUUCUUGCCUCCGAAAGCGUCGCCAAUCGAUGCUGGAUGGGAACAGGCGUCGCCAAUCCAUUGCAGGGAAGAAGUGGUCACAGGCGCAGACGGACUUCAAGAUGUCGCCCUCGUGGACUGCGACGCUGACAAGAUACCUGAAAAGGUCUAAAAUAAUAUUUGUCAAUCUAGUACUUCAAUUGAGUACUUACACUAGCUAUAGUGGUAGAGCAGGUUUGCAUUAGUCCUCUAGCUCGCAAUACUAAUCGGCUGUUCCUCUCUACUUCCAUUGAGUAUUUACACUCUAGUUACAGUGGUAGAUUACUGUUUGUAGCAUUGUCUCCACGUUGGUACCGUCCUCAGGUUCUCGCAGACGAAAACAUGGGAGUCGUGCAACACAUGUUUACCUAUCAGGACCAACGAGAGAGGCAGCGCGAUUUCAUCAAGAGGCAAGUAGAGAGAAACGAGCGCGCAGACUGCAAAGCUGCAGCAGUGCAAAACUUAUGGGGGGCGGCUUUAGUAGAUCUUAUAUAGGUUAAAUCUUCCGUUCUUGAUCUCUUGAAGAAUGGUGAUCGCAAAGUGCAAUGAAGCAGAUGUGUUUGUUUCAGUAAAUUUGUCUAAGAUAGAACUCAAAAUUAAUUGAUAGUUCUGGUAUGCCUUGCUCAAUCGGUAAAAUUCUGGACACAAAUGAAGCUGAUCGAAGAAAAGCCAUCCUGAUUUAUGACGCAGGAUGAAUUACUUUUGCUUGACUUCUAAAGAACGACGUCCUGAACUAUGAUAGAGGGGUGACGCGAGCAGGCGCAAAGUGGCUUCGCAGCAAGGCGGCGGCCAAAUUAGUUAAGGCAUCGAUCCUCAACAUUGUUCGACAUUCAUUCACGUGGUAGAGCGCUGUUAAGUUCCUCAAUACCUUCUUUUCAUCCGAUUAUAAAAUAUAAAUAUAUUAAUAUCCUUACCUCCGGUAGGAUAUUAAUAAAAUAUCCUUGCCGGAGGUAGGUGCUAUAAGCUUAUCAGGGAUGCACAGAGUAGAAAUCCUUGCCUCUUCUUCUAAUCAAUAGCCCGUCGUGACACAACUCGAGGAGAGUACGGGAGUGCCGAUUAGGGACACUCUGUCCAAGGACAUUUUGGACGAGAGUUCUAGGCAGAAGCUAAAACGUGGUGCCGCAGUGAUGUUGAAUGGCCUGGGACGCUUUGGCGCUGCCACGAAAAGAGUAGCAAACGGAGCAUCUUCGAGGUUAUCAGAAGCAGCAUCGAGUGUGCUUGAUCACGGGAAGAUGGACAAGUAGGUGGACAUGUGAUGGACAUAAUUAUGCAAACAACAAACACAAAGACAAACCUGCGGGUUUGGAAAUACACGGGAGCUUACGUGAAGAUGGACAAGUAGAGGAGGAGGUGUCUAGUCUGGACGAAGUAGGAAGAUGGACAAGUAGAUGAGGGACUGAUUAGGGCCAGAAGACAUCCAUUUUGUACAGAGCAUCUGAUGGUGGUCGUUUUCUAAGGGGAAAUGGUCACCGAGAUGCUCCGAGUGGCUUUCUUCUAGGUCUAAACUAGGAUCAGGAGUAUCCUGAGACGAUGACGAAAUGAAUCUAGAAGUGCAGGAAUAUCGUCAUGCAACAUCGUGAUGAGCCCAUACAACACUGGGAGACACGUAUAGCUACACAAGAUGCACCAUGAUAUGAAGUGGAGUCGAUGUGCCAAACGUUUCUCCAUAGUUGGUGAGCAAGAAUUUAACGUCGUCAGGGAAAAGAACGUGAAAUACACGACCAGUUGGUUGGAGCAUUAUCUCAAAAUGAAGAAUCCGAUUUUUUAGUAGUUUUGGCAGAAGUGGAGAAUGUUGUUAUCUAUACGCAGGCACCUAUGUUAGCUGUACAAAGUCGCAGAUUAGUUUUACAAUCAGAUCAUAUCUAUGGAUACGCAAUUGUCUACACAGACACAGAGGACAUCAUCAUUUUUACACGCAGAUUAUUUUUACACGGGCAAAAUUAACGAUCAACAUGAGCUCCAAGAGCUUUUAGAAAAUGUGGUCGUUUGAUAUGAAUAGACACAGUUACACUCUAAAGCCCCCCGUUGUUCGCUUGCUUUUGUGUGGUAUCAUCGACCGUUUCUUGAUGAAUUAACAUAAUACAUCAACGGAUCAAACAUUCGUUCCAUCGCACUCAACAGUAAUAAGUUCUUCACAGAAGUAUACUUGUAGCAUAGUGCUAGAUUAGUUCCAGCGCGGCACUCAGUAAAAAAUAGUAAUAUAAGUUCUUCACAGAAGUAUACGUAGAAUCUAGCGUAGCACUAUACUUGUAGCAUAGUGCUAUAUUAGCACCACGUGCUCUAGGUCGUAGUCGUGUUUUUGGCUCUUCAGCAGCCACUAAUGUCUGCUAGUUUUGCUAGUGGACGGACGCCUAAGCUAAGGGACAAUCAGGUAUGUCUGCUUGCUAGUGGACCCACGCCUAAAUCAAAAAAAACAACCAGGUAGUAAUUUACUCUAUACCACUCUGGAAGGCGGGCACUGAGCGUAUGGCUCUCGUUUUUUUAGCCAUAUUGUUAGCGAUUAUAUGGAGAGGGACGGAUUAUACGACACGCGCGGAUAAAGCUCGCUACCAGAUGAAGUGGAUUUUUCACAGAAGUUAGUGUCAGUACAUUGUUCAAUAUGAAAGCGAGUAAAAGUAGAGCAUGGAAGAUGUGCAGACAACAUGUUGUGGAUACGCCAAAUGAUGGAAAUACUUUGAUCAGGAGUAUAGAGGUGAGUACUACAUCAUCAUGAAAAGACAGCACGAC